GUGAGUAUGCUUUGGGAUCUCUUUGGAGGGAAUGGGCAAGUAGUGGUUCCUUGUGGUCAGUAUAGAGCAAAGUCUGCAUUCCUCGGGAGAUUUGUUUCGGACACUUCUCCGCGCCUCGUAGUAAAGGAUUAUGGUUGAAACGGUUAAAAGCCAAAGCCAGUCCUUCCUGGGCGACAAGGAUAGACCGAGCCGGAAGUCGUCGGUCAUAGUCAAGUAAACGCUCUGUGUCGUUCUUAAGAGAAGAAGGGUCAGAGAUCUCAUCACAUGACAGAUGGAUGGGGCCUAACUACCAGUGACGAACACAUCAUAGGCAGUGAUGGAACAGCCAAACUCUACUUUGAAGACGUGAAGGUCUUGACAAUUAAGGAUGAAGAUAAAGAAGUGGGAUGGCUCAACGAACUUGAGUUUGUGAAUGGGGAAAUUUGGGCAAAUAUAUGGCAGCUGUGUAUUGUCUCAGGAAUUUGACGCCAAGGAUUGUGCGAUCGAUCAUUUUCGAAGUGUCAGAUGAUAAAGGGAUCAAACUUGUUUAAGUACUGUUGUUGCGGUGGAUCGGCUGUGCACCGAAGAAUAAUGAGUAUUUAGUUCUUGGAAUGAAAGGAUUUGCAUGUACUACAUAGCUCCUGUUCUACCAUUCCAGCAUUCACGGCAGAUCUUGAAAGGUCAUAUAUACUGUCUGAAGAUGUGGUUUGUGGUUAUUCAGGGAGAAUGCAUUGCGCGCAUUUCACCUGACAACGGAAAAGCUACUGGCUGGAUUCUUCUACAGGGUUUGAGAAGUUCGCUUCUAGCUAGGGGUGCUCAGAACAUGGACGUGCUGAAUGGUAUCGCUUGGGACAAAGAAGGAGACAAGUUGUAUGUUACGGGAAAGAUGUGGCCGAAGCUUUUCGAGAUAAAAUUACUUUACAAGACGCACAACACAAACGGCAGCCUAGAGUCUGUUAGGACUUUAUGCAAUAUCGGGCACAAGGGAUUCACUUACUUUGUAUUCUUUUGUAUCUGGAUGUCGCCAGCGCAGACAUCUCCUCCGAACUAUGCAGACAGGUUUGGGUCAGAGGAGGUUUUGUAGAUUAGAUUUGUACUUUCCAAUUUCCAUUACAUUGCAUUGGUGGAUGGUUGUCGACCAAAUGAAGAACUGCUCUUUCUCAUAAACGUUAUU